UUAAAAAAAAAAAACGGGAAGUUUGAAAGGCUUCUUCCUUGGUUUUCUUCUGCGAACCGUGAUUCUGUCAUCCCUACCUUUACAUCCUUGUCUGGUGAGAGAUUUAAUCACAGACCCACAAAGCCCUUAGCCUCCACCCCAUCCCUCUUCUUAAAGCUAUGUCGCCGCUGCCGUCCUUUUGCCGUCAUUCUUUCUGCGUCAGUUUGAGGGGACGGUGAAUUUGGGUUUAAGUUGUGUUCUUCGUUAGCUUCGUUUGCCUGACAUAUUUUGCAAUAAUGUAAUGGUGGUCCGCAAUAUUAGUGACCAAUUUUAUUCUUUCGAUUUUCCUUCAUAACUUUCGUAGGAUACUUUGCAGGUAUAUCAUUUGAUAAUAUAUUGCAUUGUCCACCUGAGACAUGCAACCUAUUCCCAAUUGCAUUCUUACGAAAUCCAUUUUUAUUCUUUCCUUGGUUACAUCAUUUUCUAAGUAAACAAGGGUUCCAAUGAAAAGCUUGCCGAUAUUAAGUCUCGGUUGGCCAUCAUCGAGAAGAGGACAACCACGUUUGAUGGGUAUUUGCUCCAAAUUCUGGACUUGGCUCAACGGCAGCAUAACCGAAGCGGUAGCAUCGUCAUGGUUCCUAGGCUGUGUAUGCCCCCGCCGCAAGAGGACACCACAAAGACGAAGUCCUCCUCAGACGUCGUGCCCCAAUCAAGUAAUGUCACGAGUGUUUUUGGCCAACCUGAGGUCAAAAUCAUCAGACAACAAGGAGGCUCGUUCACCCAUCUGAGGCCACCCUCCGAGAAGGGCAAAAGCAUACAGCAAGGCCCAAAUGCAGAGGGGUCCCAUUUUGACUUCUUUGUACCUGACUCGCCGUAUGAGGAGGAUGACCUUCUCAUAGAUGAAACAAAAUCAACACCAAGAAAUAUCACAGGGGCCUCUCUCCUCAGUCAACAAAUGACUACCCAACAACACUAGGCUGUUGGGCUAUCAAAGGGAACUGGGCAGUGGCACGGCAGGAUAUCUCAAAUUCCUUCGUCCACUUAUGACAAGGACAUUUCGAGCCUCCCAGCGUGGUCUGACUUUGACAGCACAACUGAACUGUGUGGCCUAUUCACAUCGACUCCAGAUAUGACCAAACCUGCUAAGCUGCCGAAACUGGAGCGCAUUGAGAUGACAUGUUUAGGCAGGCCAGCAUCCUUAAUGACACACGACAUGCAGGUGCUGAUGCAGGAUUCUGUUACCCAAAGUUGUCUGAAGAGGACCGUCCUCAAGCAGGCCGCACGAGGCUGCGGGCGUGGCCGUCGCAACAACCGAGUUGAUCCCACUGAACCCAGAAUCCCAAAGACGUACGAAAUGGUGUUCAGGCCAUUUAACAAUAUGGGACUCUCGUUGCAGGAGUGCAAGUUAACGGCAUACAUUUUCGGCAAAGAACUUCCACUUGAGGAGAUCUUGUUUAAGUAUUCAUUCUUCGAUUUGCCUCGGGCUCUUUUCAUGUCACUGGCCCCCCCACAUACCCCAUGUCUUGAUGCACGCAAGAGCAAGACUCCCCGUGCCUGGUAUCUUCCAACUAACUUCGCAACGGAUGUCCUGCUUGACACCCCAGUUAGUGAGAUGGCCCAACAUUACCAGCCAAAGUGGAUGCAUGAGACAAACCAACUGGAACACGUCUAUGUGCCUGUUUGGGAGGCCAUCGAUAUGUGCUAUAUGCUGUUGUUGGAUGUCAAGGCUGCAAGAUUGUACGUUCUAGAUGUAAGCAGAAGUCCUGAGAGUAUUGUCCGUCGAGAGGCUAACAUGCAGCGCAUAUGCCAUGUCCUAGGGAAAAUCUUCUCAGUGGACAAGAACAUUGUCAACUUCAGACACACAAAUCCAGACCCUUUUAAUUGGGGAUCCUUCUAGUAUCCUGGAGCCAUAAAUGCAGUGGAUAGCAAUGAGACAUCUACGUGGCUAUUGUACUGGCUGCAGCAGGAUUGGGGAUUUUCUACUCAAAUUUUCUCUCCCAUGAUCCACCUGGAAGCUGUGAGAAUGCGGACUGCUACUAGCAUUGUUAGCUGUGAUGCAAAUGAACAUGCAUGCUUCAUACAUGUUAAAGCUGAGCUACUUUGGCAUGAUCUCAUGGAUUGCACCGAAUAGAGCUGUCUACUUUGAUCCCUCUCUAUUUUGAUAACCAUGUGACUUGUAAUUUUUGCCUUUUGGAUUUAUUGUGAAUAGAAAUGUCAAGUACCUUCUAUUACUCAAGAUUACGCUAAUGUUAGGGAUGUUAGGCUUCAGUUCUCGGUCGCUGUGAUGUGAGUAACUAGAUUGCCUCUAUUUUGGCUUUAGGAUUGUUACAACCAUGUGGUCUAUGUGAGCGCAUAUUCACGUUUGGCACAAAGCCGUAGAUGUCGCAUGUACUGCAGUGAAUUAUACGUGAAUAUGGCUUAAUUUAAAA